AUGGCUCGCGGCUGCUGGGCGAUCCUGGCGGUGGCCCUGCUCCUCGCCCCAGGGGCCCUGGGCGCAUCCCUCAAGGCCGGCGGCCUGACCGCCUCAGACCGCCGCGCCCUGGGCGAGCAGGGCGCCAACUCGCCGCCCGCUGCCUCAGCUAUUGCCAACAUCAUGGCCAUCGUUGGGCGCACGGCCGGCUUCGCUCUCUCCCACCGAGCCCCAGUCACCAAUUAUGGCGGCGUGACCACCAUUACGAACGCCGGGGUGGGCUUCCACGGCGGCACCACCACCAGCUUUGACAAUUUUGGCAACCCCGUCGCCAGCAAUGGCGGCCGCGGGAUCAUCUCCCGCCGCCUGGGCGAGCAGGCGGCUGCCGCCGCCGCUAGCAACAUCACGGCCAUCGGCAAGCGCACGGCCGCCGCCGCUGCCAACACCACGGCCAUCGGCAAGCGCACGGCCGCCGCCGCUGCCAACACCACGGCCAUCGGUGGGCGCACGGCCGGCUUUCCCCCAUCGGAUCAUGCCGCCAUCACCAAUUUUGGCAGCUUUACCAACUUCAUUUACAACACCAAUACUAGCAACCCCAUCACCAACUCGGACGGCCGUGGUGAUGGGGGUGCCUACGGCUUUGCCUAUCCCACAUACCGCAACCCACUCGGCGACAACUAUGCUGGCGUGCCCACCUAUACCCAGGCUUUUGCGCGCAACAACAACCCCACAAACCGCCCCACAAACCCCACCGUCGCCAGCCUGGCGUAA